UAGCAUGGCGCGAUUAGAAUCACUACAAAGUAAAAAGAUGCGACUAAAAAGAGCGCUAAACAUUAUACUUUUGUGCAAUUUCUUGGAUAUAAUUUACAGGAUUGUUCAGGUUGUUGAUGGACAUACUCAAGUUUUUAUUCAGACAGAUGGUGAGCUAAGGUAUUUGGUUGAUGGAGUAUCUCUGCAAAUGCAUGAUUCUCCUGCUGCUGAAAACACUUCCCCAUUCAGUUUUACAGAUUUGGAUGAUGAAAAUUUAAGCUCCUUCAAUAGUCCUUUAUUAUUUGAUCCUCCUUUAUUGGAUUUUAAAAUGCACCCUGUGGGGAUGCCUCAUAUGGAGGUGGUGGUGGUGAGAAACCCCAGCUCCGACACCAGUGUACAUCUGCUAUCUAUAUCUGGAAGUACACUCCUCUUUCACUGUUCUUUUUUUCUAGAAAAGGUGAUAUCUCCGGGUGGGAACACUUCAUUUGUUGUAGUGUUUUUAGCCAGGGAAGAAGGCCCGGUUGAAAAUACUUUAUUUAUUCACACUUCUGCAGGUUCUUUUAAAUAUUUGGUCACUGCAGUUGGAGUUCCUAACCCAUAUAGGUUAAGGCCAUUUGUAGGUGUCCGAAUGCCAUUAAACAGCAGUUAUUCUCCUCUUAUACACAUGCAUAAUCCACACAGUUCCCCUUUACAGUUGACAGAAAUGUACACUAGUGGAGGUGACCUUCAUUUAGAACUUCCAGCAGAAGAACCAGAAGCUCCAAAAUAUCUUUGGGAAAUUCCUCCAUAUGAAACUAAACCAGUGAUGAGAGCGAAUUUUGUAGCCAGAAUAGAAAGAAACCAUACAGCGUAUAUCAGGAUAAAAACUAAUAGUAGCAAACAGGAAUAUUUAGUUAUACCUAUGGAAGUUGAAGUUAGCUCAGCUCCAGGGAUUUACACACCAGCAGAAAGUAUGGAUUUUGGGGUUAUGAGAAGUCAGGAUGAACCAAAGAUGCUUUCAAUCAAUCUACUUAAUUCUGGACAAAAACAUAUUCAUAUAAUGAAUGUGAUUGCAACUCCAGUAAAUGAGGCAAUAGAAAUAAAAUUUUCUCCCAUCAAAGUUCCACCCGAUACUGUGAAAAGUACAAAAGUUGCAUCAGUGACAUUUAUACCAUCUAAAGCAGUCCACCAAAAGCAGUGUUCAGGGAAAAUUGUUAUAAAGGCCAAAAAUAAUCAAUUUAAAUUGACCAUCCCAUAUCAAGUGAUGCUUUUGAGAGGGUCUCUUUCUUAUAAUCACAGCAGUACAAGAUUUUUUGUGGGACAAGCUAGAAAGGCUAGUGGAUCGUUUACACGACCUCUGAAUAUAACAAAUAAUUUCAAUGUUACUGUAGUAGUAUACAAUGCUUCUUUACCAGUGGAAGCUAAGUCUCAUUUUAAAAUAAAUUUCUCGCGUCCUAUGAUUCUCACUCCCCGAGCAGCGGUAGUCCUACUUUGGUUAGUUUUUCGUCCCUCUGUUCCUAACUUGCACCUUACAACGUUCCUGAGGCUACACACCAAUGUUUCCCAUUUCGAUAUACCAUUAUUAUGUUUUAGUGGAAGACUUCAGCUUUAUUUACCACAAACUUUAAACCAAAGUGUUUUGGACUUUGGCACUCUUAGUAUGGGAGAAAAGCGGACGAUGAUAUUUGCUGUGAUAAAUGAAAACCCAGUUGAUGUAAAUCUGAAGCAUUGGGGUUCUAAUAUGACCAAAACUUAUUUAGAACUUGUGGGACUAGAGAAAGGAAAUGCAAGUACUUUAGCUAGGAGGUACAAUUUUUCUGAUAUGACAAAAAGUCUAAUACUCAGACCCCAUCAUUAUGCCAUAUUUCGUGUUGGAGUCACUGCUCCAAGUGAAGAGGGGGUCUUUGUCGGAGAAGCAUUUGUUGAAACCCAGUAUGAGGUUGUAAAAGUUCAGUUUACUUUAAGGACAGCGAGAGGAAGCUUAAGAGCAGAAAAUAUUGUAUUUAACAAUGCAUUUCCGGUAAGUUCCAUGUUCUUUCACACCACAAAUUGCAUUAUCUUUACUCUUGAUAAUUUGACCUUAAAUAAUAGAAAUUACCGUGAAGCACACUGA